GCCUGCUUCGCCUCGCUGGUGAGCCAGGACUACGUGAACGGCACGGACCAGGAGGAGAUCCGCACCGGUGUUGAUCAGUGCAUCCAAAAGUUUCUGGAUGUUGCAAGACAAACGGAAUGCUUUUUUCUACAAAAACGACUGCAGCUAUCAGUCCAGAAACCAGAGCAAGUAAUUAAAGAGGAUGUCUCAGAAUUAAGAAAUGAAUUGCAGAGAAAAGAAGCCUUAAUUCAGAAGCAUUUGGCUAAGCUGCGACACUGGCAACAGGUCCUGGAAGAUAUCAGUGUACAGCACAAAAAGCCUGCAGAAAUGCCUCAGGGUCCAUUGGCUUACCUAGAACAAGCAUCUGCUAAUAUUCCUGCUCCAAUGAAGCAAACAUGAUCUUUGAUUUUACAUACCUGAAUAUUUUCAAGUGUUCUUUUUAACUUGUAUGCUUUUUGUAUAAUGUAAUUUGUACUACAAAUAUAAAUAGUGAAGACAAUUAAGC